AUGGCGGUUGGUCAAAAAGGAUGGUUUAGCAAGGAAUUGACAUGGAGGAUGGUAGUUUUCAAUGCUUUAUUUCAUGGCUUACAUGUUGGAUUAUUCAUUUUAGGAUGGUCGAAGCAAGCAUCUGAUAAACGAUUAAGUGGACUUAACAAGCUCACAUUCUCUGUAUGGAUUUCUCGGGGCGCCGGUCUGGCACUGUCAGUGGAUGGGACGAUCAUAGUAUUGCCAAUGUGCAAGAACCUUCUGAGGUGGAUAAGACCAAAGAUAAGGUGGCUACCGCUGGAUGAAUCGCAAUGGUUUCACAGGCAGGUGGCUUACUCUCUGCUCUUCUGGACUUGUGUUCAUGUUUGCGCGCAUUACGUCAACUUCUUCAACGUUGAACGGAACCAGAUAAGACCCGAGACAGCAGUGCAAAUACACUACACCCAAGUCGGGGGCAUAACGGGUCAUGUCAUGCUCUUUUGCAUGCUCAUGAUGUUCACCACCUCCCACGUUCGAAUCCGGCAGCAAUCCUACGAAACAUUCUGGUACACCCACCACCUCUUUGUCCCUUUCUUUCUCGCCCUCUACACCCAUGCCACCGGAUGCUUCGUCCGGGACACCGACCUUCCUUACUCUCCUUUCGCCGGCUCGCCCUUCUGGAAUCACUGUCUGGGCUAUGAAGGCUGGCGCUGGGAGCUUUGGGGAGGCGGUCUAUACCUGCUCGAGCGGAUCUACCGUGAGAUACAGUCUCGCCGCCCCACGCGCAUACACAAAGUUAUCCGUCACCCUUACGAUGCGCUCGAGAUUCAAUUCAUUAAACCAAGCAUGAAAUACAAGGCCGGUCAAUGGCUGCUUUUGAAUGUACCCUCGGUCAGCACAACCCAAUGGCAUCCUUUUACCAUCACUUCUUGCCCUUUCGAUCCCUACGUUUCCAUUCAUGUCCGCCAAGUCGGCGACUGGACUCGUGCUCUUGGUGACGCCCUUGGAGCCGGACCCUCCCAAGCGAAAGAGUUCGAUGGCCUGGACCUCAUGGGCAUCUACGAAAUCGCUCUACAAAAUGGCCAAGAAAUGCCCGCCAUCCGCGUUGACGGCCCCUACGGUGCUCCGGCCGAGGAUGUCUUUGACAAUGAGAUCGCCGUCCUCAUUGGCACCGGCAUUGGUGUUACGCCGUGGGCCAGUAUCCUCAAGAACAUAUGGCAUCUACGCGCUGGCCCAAAUCCACCACGCCGUCUACGAAGGGUAGAAUUCAUCUGGGUCUGCAAAGACACCAGCUCAUUCGAAUGGUUUCAAACCCUCCUCUCCUCUCUCGAAGCUCAAUCUAUGGAAGCAGCCGCUGGCUCCGGCGCUGGUCCCGAGUUCCUCCGCAUACACACGUACCUCACCCAGCGCUUGGACAUAGACACAACGGCAAAUAUCUACCUCAACAGUGUCGGCACGGACCUGGACCCUUUAACAGCGCUGAACAGCAGAACCAAUUUUGGGAGGCCAGAUUUCAAGAAACUUUUCGGUGCUAUGAGGGAUGGAAUCUCCGAUGGAAGCUAUAUGAAUGACCUGAAGGGUGGGGAAUCAGAUGUGGGAGUCUACUUUUGCGGACCAAACGAUGCAGCGAGAGAUAUCAGAACGGCCACUGAUGAGGUGACAUCGAGUGACGUCAGAUUCAGGUUUUGGAAGGAGCAUUUCUAG